GGCGGCGGCGGCAGCGGCGGAGCUCGGCGGCCGGAGCCGGAUCCUGUAGCCCGGGUGUGGGCCCGCGUCAGUCCGUCCCUCCUUCGGCCCCCUCUCUUGUCUUCCGGAGUGUGGCUGGCGGAGCCCGGAUGGCGGAGCGAGGCCUGGAGCCCGCGCCGGCCGCGGUGGCGGCGCUGCCGCCCGAAGUGCGGGCGCAACUGGCGGAGCUGGAGCUGGAGCUCUCGGAGGGGGACAUCACACAGAAGGGAUACGAAAAGAAAAGGUCAAAACUCCUGUCUCCCUACAUCCCACAGACACAAGAAACCGAGUCAGCAGUACAGAAAGAACAUAGAAACCAGACACCUGGUCCAUCCGCAGCUCAAACUUCUGCUCCUUCUAAGUACCACCGAACUCGAUCUGGGGGAGCCAGGGAUGAACGAUACCGAUCAGAUAUCCAUACAGAAGCAGUUCAAGCCGCACUGGCAAAGCAUAAAGAACAGAAAAUGGCUUUGCCUAUGCCAACCAAAAGGCGGUCCACAUUCGUCCAGUCUCCUGCAGAUGCCUGCACACCUCCUGACACGUCUUCGGCCUCUGAGGAUGAGGGCUCUCUGAGACGCCAAGCUGCGCUCUCUGCUGCCUUGCAACAGAGCUUACAGAAUGCUGAGUCCUGGAUCAACCGUUCAAUUCAGGGAUCGUCCACUUCUUCAUCCGCAUCUUCUACGCUGUCCCAUGGAGAGGUCAAAGGAACCAGUGGGUCUCUAGCUGAUGUAUUUGCCAAUACCCGAAUAGAGAAUCUCUCUGCUCCCCCUGAUGUCACUACAACUACCUCUUCUUCAUCAUCAUCUUCCUCAAUGCGCCCAGCAAAUAUUGAUCUGCCCCCUUCGGGGAUAGUCAAAGGCAUGCACAAAGGAUCCAACAGGUCCAGCCUUAUGGAUACAGCUGAUGGUGUUCCUGUCAGUAGCAGAGUAUCCACAAAAAUCCAGCAGCUUCUCAACACUCUCAAACGACCCAAAAGGCCUCCCUUAAAGGAAUUUUUUGUGGAUGACUCUGAAGAAAUUGUGGAAGGUAUACCUCAGCCAGACCCCAACCAGCCCAAGCCUGAGGGUCGGCAGAUGACCCCUGUGAAGGGGGAGCCAUUAGGAGUCAUCUGUAACUGGCCUCCUGCUCUCGAGUCGGCCCUACAGCGCUGGGGCACCACUCAAGCAAAAUGCCCAUGUCUGACCGCACUGGACGUGACGGGGAAACCAGUUUACACUCUUACGUAUGGAAAGUUGUGGAGCAGAAGUUUAAAGUUGGCCUACACACUGCUUAAUAAACUGGGGACCAAAAAUGAACCUGUAUUAAAACCUGGAGACAGGGUAGCCCUGGUUUACCCCAACAAUGAUCCAGUCAUGUUUAUGGUGGCUUUUUAUGGAUGUCUCCUGGCAGAAGUGAUUCCAGUGCCUAUAGAGGUACCUCUUACCAGAAAGGAUGCCGGAGGUCAGCAGAUUGGCUUCUUGCUAGGAAGCUGUGGUAUCGCCUUAGCUCUGACCAGUGAAGUUUGUCUAAAGGGGCUGCCAAAAACCCAGAAUGGAGAAAUUGUACAGUUUAAAGGUUGGCCCCGGCUCAAAUGGGUCGUAACAGAUUCCAAGUACCUUUCAAAGCCACCUAAAGACUGGCAGCCCCACAUCUCACCUGCCGGUACAGAACCAGCAUACAUUGAGUAUAAAACAAGCAAAGAAGGGAGUGUGAUGGGAGUUACCGUGUCCCGCCUUGCGAUGUUGUCUCACUGCCAAGCUCUGUCCCAGGCCUGCAAUUAUUCUGAAGGGGAGACAGUGGUAAAUGUUUUAGACUUUAAGAAGGAUGCCGGGCUAUGGCAUGGCAUGUUUGCGAAUGUAAUGAACAAGAUGCAUACAAUUAGUGUACCCUACUCUGUUAUGAAGACUUGCCCGCUCUCUUGGGUCCAGAGAGUACAUGCCCACAAAGCCAAAGUAGCUUUAGUAAAAUGUCGAGACUUGCAUUGGGCUAUGAUGGCACAUCGGGACCAAAGAGAUGUCAGCUUGAGUUCCCUCCGGAUGUUAAUUGUAACUGAUGGAGCGAAUCCCUGGUCUGUGUCAUCCUGUGAUGCCUUCCUGAGUCUAUUCCAAAGCCAUGGACUGAAACCUGAGGCCAUCUGUCCAUGUGCUACUUCUGCUGAAGCCAUGACUGUCGCAAUCCGCAGGCCUGGAGUUCCAGGGGCCCCUUUGCCAGGAAGAGCUAUUCUCUCAAUGAAUGGAUUGAGCUAUGGAGUAAUACGGGUCAAUACGGAAGAUAAAAAUUCAGCACUGACGGUACAGGAUGUGGGCCAUGUAAUGCCUGGUGGGAUGAUGUGCAUUGUGAGACCCGAUGGACCUCCCCAACUCUGCAAAACAGAUGAAAUUGGAGAAAUCUGUGUCAGCUCUAGAACAGGAGGCAUGAUGUACUUUGGGCUUGCUGGUGUGACAAAAAAUACAUUUGAGGUAAUUCCAGUCAAUUCUGCAGGCUCUCCUGUUGGGGACGUGCCCUUCAUCCGGUCAGGAUUACUGGGGUUUGUAGGGCCGGGCAGUUUGGUGUUCGUGGUUGGAAAAAUGGAUGGGUUACUGAUGGUUAGUGGUCGAAGACAUAAUGCUGAUGACAUUGUUGCUACUGGAUUGGCUGUUGAAUCAAUAAAGACUGUUUAUAGAGGAAGAAUUGCUGUGUUUUCUGUGUCUGUAUUUUAUGAUGAGCGCAUCGUGGUGGUUGCAGAACAAAGACCCGACGCCUCAGAGGAAGACAGUUUCCAGUGGAUGAGCCGUGUGCUGCAGGCAAUCGAUAGCAUUCAUCAAGUGGGGGUUUAUUGUCUCGCUCUGGUGCCUGCCAAUACAUUGCCAAAAACUCCACUGGGAGGGAUCCAUAUAUCUCAGACGAAACAGCUCUUUCUGGAGGGAUCUCUACAUCCUUGCAAUAUCCUCAUGUGCCCACAUACAUGUGUGACCAAUUUGCCAAAACCCCGGCAAAAGCAACCAGGUGUAGGCCCUGCUUCUGUGAUGGUUGGGAAUCUGGUUGCUGGAAAACGCAUAGCACAAGCUGCAGGAAGGGAUCUUGGGCAAAUUGAAGAGAAUGACUUAGUGAGGAAGCACCAAUUUCUGGCCGAGAUUUUACAGUGGCGAGCCCAGGCAACCCCUGACCAUGUACUCUUCAUGCUGUUAAAUGCCAAGGGAACUACAGUGUGCACAGCCAGUUGCCUUCAGCUUCACAAGCGAGCAGAGAGGAUUGCGUCAGUUCUUGGUGAUAAGGGGCAUCUCAAUGCAGGAGACAACGUGGUGUUGCUCUAUCCACCUGGCAUCGAGCUAAUAGCUGCGUUCUAUGGUUGCCUGUAUGCGGGGUGCAUACCUGUGACUGUCCGGCCUCCUCACGCUCAGAACCUUACUGCCACGUUGCCCACUGUCCGCAUGAUUGUUGAUGUCAGCAAAGCAGCCUGCAUUCUCACCACGCAGACCUUAAUGAGGUUAUUGAGGUCCCGAGAGGCAGCAGCAGCUGUGGACGUGAAAACGUGGCCAACCAUCAUUGACACAGAUGACUUACCCAGGAAAAGGUUACCUCAGCUGUAUAAACCACCCACUCCUGAGAUGUUGGCAUAUCUUGAUUUUAGUGUGUCCACAACCGGCAUGCUUACAGGAGUGAAGAUGUCCCACUCUGCAGUCAAUGCUCUUUGUAGAGCCGUCAAGCUCCAGUGUGAGUUGUAUUCUUCUCGGCAGAUCGCCAUCUGCCUUGACCCUUACUGUGGACUUGGCUUUGCACUCUGGUGUCUCUGCAGUGUCUAUUCAGGUCACCAGUCCAUCUUAAUUCCUCCUAUGGAGUUAGAAAACAACCUUUUCCUCUGGCUCUCCACUGUCAACCAAUACAAAAUAAGGGACACUUUCUGCUCCUAUUCAGUAAUGGAGCUCUGCACCAAAGGGCUUGGAAACCAAGUGGAGGUGCUAAAGACCAGAGGAAUCAACCUCUCCUGCAUCCGAACGUGUGUGGUUGUGGCCGAGGAGCGGCCCCGCAUUGCCCUCCAGCAGUCCUUCUCCAAGCUCUUCAAAGACAUUGGUCUGUCCCCUCGGGCUGUCAGCACCACUUUUGGAUCAAGAGUCAAUGUAGCGAUAUGUUUACAGGGAACCUCAGGGCCUGAUCCAACUACUGUAUAUGUAGAUCUGAAAUCAUUGAGACAUGACAGGGUUCGUCUUGUGGAAAGGGGUGCGCCUCAGAGUUUACUCCUCUCAGAGUCUGGAAAGAUUUUACCUGGAGUGAAAGUGGUUAUUGUUAAUCCUGAGACCAAAGGGCCUGUAGGAGACUCUCACCUUGGAGAGAUUUGGGUGAACAGUCCCCACACAGCCAGUGGCUAUUACACCAUCUAUGAUAGUGAGACUCUUCAAGCCGAUCAUUUCAACACUCGCCUCAGUUUUGGGGAUGCUGCGCAGACACUCUGGGCUCGGACAGGAUACCUUGGUUUUGUCCGCCGAACCGAGCUCACAGCAGCCACUGGAGAGCGUCAUGAUGCAUUAUAUGUGGUGGGAGCUCUAGACGAAACGCUGGAGCUGAGAGGAUUACGAUACCACCCGAUCGAUAUUGAGACCUCAGUGUCCCGGAUCCACAGGAGCAUUGCCGAAUGUGCCGUGUUCACGUGGACCAACUUGCUCGUGGUGGUCGUAGAACUGUGUGGCUCUGAACAGGAAGCCCUAGAUCUGGUUCCUUUAGUGACAAAUGUGGUCCUGGAAGAGCAUUACCUCAUCGUUGGCGUUGUGGUUGUGGUGGACCCAGGUGUUAUCCCCAUCAACUCCAGAGGAGAGAAGCAGAGGAUGCACCUCCGGGACAGCUUCCUGGCUGACCAGUUAGACCCCAUCUACGUGGCUUAUAACAUGUAACCCGCCUUGUGGGGCUUGCAGGGGGCCGUCCUGAAAAACCACAAGGACCAAAGACCGGCGACUAGGAGCAAGCUUUCAAAUGAUGUGAAUGAAAUAAGCUGAGAUGGUUACAUUAUACCCUUCAUCUCAUCCUGUGGGAUUCCACAGUCACAGGACACACAGGCAAGGGCAGUUGUGUGGUAGCAAAUGAAAAAAAUGUUAACAGCCCAUUAGUCAUGAGCUUUGACAUAGCGUGAGCAGCACGUUACUAAAGCAAUUACAUGCAUGUUGCAUUUUUUUCAUCUGUUGUAAAUACUUGUAUUUUUAUCUAAUGCUGUUUUAGAAUUUUGUAAGGGAGUUCAAUGAAUUCACACGAAGGGGGUAGUCGGAGUUCCACAGCUCCCCGCUCUGUACUGUAUUCUGCUGAUUUACCGUCGCUGGACAUUCUGCGGGUUUUGUUAACACAGAUACUCGGCUUACUUUCCGCUGACCCAUAAGCAAAUCAGAUAUAACCCACUGAAUAUGAGAGUUACUCUAUAUAUAUAAUUCUUGACAGGAAAACAUUUUGACCAGUGUUUUAAACAUGUAAAUAAGAAGACACACACAAUUCAGCUAAAAAACUGACACAUUGGCUUGUAUAGUCCUAACAACUAAAGUAGAAACAUUUCUCCUUGGAGAGCAUCUCAGUGUUCUCUUAAUGCAGUGUAAUUGAAUAGGUAACUAAAAAGUGCAAAUCGAUCACAGGUUUUGCUGCACAUUGUACUAUGUCUCUGUUGGCUGAUGUGUUUUAUAAACUAAAGCUGCCUCUGUUUGUUUUCAAAGCUUGCAUUCCCAGAAUCGGCUUAAGCUUUUAAGAACUCAACCUGUUCCUACAAGCUAAAAAUCUCAGUUUAAAAAUCAAAAUGUUAAUGAAAAGGCUAAGCUUCAUUAGAUCCCACCCUAUGCUAAGGAACCACACACAAUAACUCACUGUGGCCCCCAGUGUUGAAACUGUGUUUCAAAUUUCGAGUGACAGGUAAGAAUUUAGGAUUUCCUCUUUUUCCAGGCCCAUUGUCAACUGCGUCUACAGUUUAUACAUAUAGCUUCUCUUUUCUGAAAACUGAAAAGCGUCCUCUGUUCUUCCAGUUCAUGAGGGCAGGGAUUUUAGGAACAAGAAUGACAGGCUGGGAAGGCACUGGGAUCGACAGUCACGUGAAACCGCAAAGGCGACAUAACUCCGUAUCUCAAAACUGACUGAUUCGGGUUGCCAAAAUAGCUAGGCUUACGCUGAAAUAGGGGAAGUCUGAUGUGUGCAAGAAACUCUUUUGAAAUAACUGUGGUGCCCAGGCCAAGUGGACUGAGCAUGGGACUGAAUUUGGCCUCUGGCUCGGUUUCCUUUCUUUGGUCUGAUACUUCAUGUAUUGGAAUAUAGUUGAAUUUUAUUAUUUUUUUCUUACAGAAAUAUUUUUAAGAAUUUAAAAAAAAAAAAAAGAAGAAGCUCCAAGUGAACAGAGUUAACUUGUUAAAUCAGAAUGGUUCUCUUUGACCCACUCUGGUCUAUUGUGUAAAUAUUUAUUUAGACUAUUUUAAUAAUACAUAUUAUUUACCCCACUGUAACAUCAUGUAAACUAAAUAUGUUUUUAAACAAUUUUUAAGACUUGUAAUUACCCUGAAAAUAAGGUUUAUAAUGCAAAGCCCAGACCCUUCACCAUGGUGGCACUCCCAGGGGCUGCCCUCAGUCUCGUGGCUCAAAGCCACUUUCUUGCCUCCCUUUUACACAAGCCUCUUUUCCUCCCAGUUCUUUCUCCACUGAGGGCAGACCCCAAGGCAUGUUCCAGUUCCAGAUCUCUUUUUUAACAUUUUGGAUGAAAUUAGUUUACACAUGACGGAAGAGGUUCUAAGAUGUACAAAAAAAAGCACUUACGCUGGGACAAGAAAGCCCGGU